AUGGUGGAAACUCCUGCGGCAGUGCUGUUAGACCUUCGACACUCUUCCUCGGGGGCCUCGGGGACGAAUGUGAUAACUAGUAACAGAACUCACGACUUCUAUCCGAGCAUGAAGACCAAGAAAGCUACGGCAGCUACAGCUUCAAUGGGCGUUGAUUCAUUAUUGAUGGGUUUUCAGAUGAAUGCAUCUGGGGUUAUUGAUAAGAGAGCAGGGUCACCAAAGAUUCUUGGAGCUGCGCCGCCGCCUGUUACGCUGACGGAUGAUACGAAGAGACCGUUUAGUGUGCAGAAUAACACUUUUGUUAACAGAUUUUCCCUCAGCGAGACAGCGGAGAUAGCAAACACCGAUAAAACCGCGCAAUUCUCAGUGUCUGACUGCGAGAAUCAGCAAAGUACGUCCGCUACGUACCUCUACUUUAGAAUUGACGACUACAACGUCAACGUCAACUUCGGUUUUAUCCUCAUCAACCUCUACAACAUCUACGUCGACAUCAACCGCAUUAGAUACGACUACUACAUCUCUCGUAAUAACAUCAGUUACCUCACUAAGCGUUACUCAAGCUCCUCCUCAACAGACGACUAUCACGCAAGGCGAUUUUAUUUUGAUUUGCGACUUAUGAUCCUUUGA